AUGUCCGCGCUCGCCCAAAUCUUGGACGUUUAUUCGAUAAAUCUGGCCAGCAAGACUGGCUCUGUCGUGGGUUGCACCGUCCCAGUAGAGGUUUCGUCGCGGGACACCAUGGCUGAUCCUCGCCCUAGCAACCGAAUUCGGGGAUCCGACGGCCACGUCAGGUUUUAUUCUGAAUCUGCCGUUGAGUUUUACAGGCGGAAUUCGUACAGUGAAAGGUCCUCAUGGAGCUACGGCCGAAAGACUGAGCUGGCAUCAUCGUCUGUUGAUUCCACAUCGGAUACCAAGGUCGAGGACCCGAGUUCAAAGUUCAUAUCGGCAUCAUAUGCAGGACCUGACAUUAAUGGAAGUUCAAGCCAGAGGUAUUCAAGGCGUAAAGCUUUGAAGAAAAUGAGACUGAACAAUGAUCGAAAGAUUAUAUCAUAUCUCAGGAGACGCUUUCGAGAGAGGGCUGAUCCGUGGAUGGAUGAUGAGACGAUAGAAUCGGACAGCCAGGGGGAUAAAACUUACAAAUUCAAACCAAGGACACCUGGCAAAGUUGACAUCUUUACCAAGUAUAAUGAGAUCGGUGGUCGUGUCAGCAAGGAGGGGCAUAUUGUAGAUGGUUUAUACCCUGGAGCCUUUUCCUUUACACCUUUGCCAAGUGACCACCCUCCAACUCCUGAUUAUGAUGAAUCUGUUCCUGCUAAUGGAGCAGUGGACAAAGCUCCAGAAACAUCCCAGGAUGAUGUCAACAGAACUGUUGAAACCAGGGCAAGUCCAAUCCUGGUGCCGUUGACAGGAGCAGGUGCGGACCAACCUUUGUUCCAGAAAGGGAAUCCUCCUGCAAGCAGUGGAAGACUUGACAAAGCACCUUCUGAAAAACUAGAACUACAGUCCAUCUCAGACAGUAUGUCCUCAAUGGGAUCAAGGAACUCUUCAGGACGGUCUCGCAUGUCAAGUGGCAUUAGCCGCGAUGGAAGCGUCGCAAGCACCAUUGCAAGUUCCUCAAGAACUCCAAAGCCACCGGAAUUGGCCAUCAAACCUGAUAAGUCGGCUAAAGGUUCCCCAAUGUCCCCUCUCGCCAAAUCACCUAGUCACUUGUCGCAUUUGCCAACAAUCAAUACAAGUAGAGUAUCAUCACCUCUGGCUGCACAGUCUGGGAAAGAUGUGAAGCUUCCUUCCCUUGGGAUGGAUACCAGGUGUCAUUCAACGGUAUCGGCACAAGGUCGUCAUAGUGGACAUCAGAACCCAGUAGAUGACCACCAAGUCCUCUCAUGUGUAUCUCCUGUACCUACCCCUUAUCCUGAGGAUGGGUUGGAGUCAAGAAGGUCCAUGGAGUAUCAAGAGGUUGUUGACAGUAUCUUGAAGAGCAGGGUAGAUGUCCGCUGCUCCUGGGUGUCCAAUAUCUUCAGACUCUGUGUCUCAUCCACUUUCACAGAUUUUGGAGCAGAGCGCACUGUUCUUGUUGCCAAGGCCUAUCCGAGAUUGCGGGCAUUCUGUCGUGACCGGGGAUUUGAAUUCCAGGUCUGUGACAUGAACUGGGGCUUGAAGGAAUACUCCACGGAUGAUCAUGCCUAUGCUGCUAGCUGCUUGGCUGAAUUGGAAGAAUGUGAGAAGGUCUCCAAAGGACCUUUCUUUGUGACUCUGAUGGGACAGAAGAUGGGAUUCCAAGCCCUUCCUGAUUCUUUCCCAGUGGAAGACUUCUCCUCCAUAGUAUCAGCGAUUGAGAAGGAUCGAGACCACCACAUAGCUACCAGGAGACCCUCCAUGUUCCCAACACAGAGUAUUGAAGAACAACUGAACAGUGGCCCUCCUACUGUAGAAUCCAAAAAAGAUGGUACCAGAGCAAAGCGUUCUUUGUUGUCUAGUGUGAACCGCAUGAUGCUUUCCAUGAGGGUGUUCGGUGGGAUAAACCGUCGUCGGAAUUCAGUUUGGCGUGAGGUUGAGAGGUUACCAGGAGAAGGGCAGGAUGAUUUGGACAAAGGACCCGUCGAAAAGGAGUUUGAUGCUGACCUGAAUGCCCUCAAGACCUGGUAUAAGUUAGAUGAAAAUAGUGUUCCUCCGCUAUAUGUCUUGCAACCAAUCAGUUCUCAGUUCCGAGAGAUCCUCAGCAAUGAUAAGCAAAAAAGACUGCGAGCCAAGAACCAAUGGAUUGUGAUGUAUAAGAGAAUCAUCAAGACCCUAACAAAGUAUGUUCCUAUGGCUGUAAAGGACACCAAGCGAGCGGAAUCAUAUCUCCAAACAGUGAAUGAAAGAGAGCUAGAUCAUGCCGUCUUUUCGGCUGAGCCAGAAAAGAGCAAGAAAGUGGCUAGCUUUGUCCGACAUAUCAAAGACCUCCGUAAAAACCUCCAGGACUACAACGCCAAAGAUUUCAUCGACCUGCAGAACCUGAAACCGGAAAUUGACUUUCCGAAGUUUGAGAGGGCCGAAGAUCUCCGGGAUGUGAAAGUUCCAUCAAAGAUUGGCUUCAGUAAUGUUCAUGAGCACACAAUCAUGUGGCAUAAAGAUGGCGUCAGUCCUACCCAUGUGAGGGCGCACUCUCAGUAUCUAGACGGACUUGCUAAUGAGUUCUUCGAUACCGUGAAAGUCAAACUUGAGAGGGCGAUGUUAGAAGAUAAGUCGCUCACUUCUACUCCAUCAUAUGGCCUAUAUGAGGAGGUUGCCCAACAUAUCAACUUUUUACAGGAAAGGUCUCAAUGUUUCUAUGGAAGGAAAGAACCCCUCCAGUACAUCAAAGAGUAUCUCCUCGGUGACAAUUAUAAACCUCUUGUGCUCUGUGGACUCGCUGGGAGAGGAAAGACAUCACUGAUCGCCAAAGCUUGCCAGCUCACCAAAUCUUGGUUUAAAGAGAGAGACGCAGCCACAGUAGUGAGGUUUGUUGGCCUAACAGCAGAAUCAGAAAACAUCAGAUGUCUACUACAGGGAAUAUGCCAACAGAUCGGGCACACAUACAAUAUGGAUCUUGCGGCCGUCCCAGAGGAUUUCUAUGCGCUUAUCAAUGACCUUGAGGGACGUAUUGCCAUAGCAACAACUCAACAACCCCUCGUCAUCUUCAUUGAUGGACCUGAUAAAUUGAGCAAUGACUACAAGGCCAGGUCCAUGGUCUGGUUGCCUAGCAACCUUCCAGAGAAUGUGAAGAUAGUCGUCUCAUGUACAACUCUAGAGGAAGAGAAGACGGACAGCUUCAAAGCUCUGAAGAAACAAUGUCUCGAUGCAGACUUCUACAUGAUUCCUGACCUUACUCAAGAAGAGUCAAAGUACAUCGUCAGCUACCUCCUGAAGCAGGAAGGGCGUCGGAUCACCCAGGAGCAGCAUGAGACUGUCAUGAAGGCACUGGAGAAGAUAUCAUCACCCUUGUAUCUGAGGUUGGUCUGUGACCAGGCGGUCAGAUGGAGGAGUUUCUCAGAGAAGAGGGAGACGUACCUUGCAACGGAUCUAAAGAAGAUGUUGAAUGGUAUCCUGAUAUCACUUGAAACGAAACAUGGUGAACCUCUGGUCAGACGUUGCCUUGGCUAUCUGACUGCAGCACGGAGUGGCCUAUCAUGGACCGAGCUCAACGACAUCCUCUCCUGUGAUGAGCACGUUAUGACGGACAUUGCCAAGAACCACUCCCCGACCCUAAGACGCAUGCCUCCCGCCCUCUGGUAUCGGCUCAAGGCUGACCUGAGGAAGUUGUUCAGGGUCUGGAAGGUGGAUGGUGUGUGGGUAUGGAGAUGGGCCGAUCAACAGUUCAGAGAGGCAGCUACAGAGAGAUAUCUAAAUCAAAAGGAUAAAGCGCCCUCAUAUCACAGUGCUCUGGGAGAAUACUUCAUGGGGAAGUGGGCGGACCGGAAGAAACCGUAUCCUGGCAACGAGGGUGGGGCGGAUCGCUUCAUCAACCCUCAUCCGCUUCUGAUGACCAGAAUUAAACCAUCAGGCCGGCCUUAUAUAAGGGGCGUGUCUGUAAAGGAAUACAACAUGCGGAAACUCAAUGAACUUCCUCAUCAUCUUCUACAUGCCAGCCAACUCGACAAACUGAAGUCAGAGGUCUUGAUCAACUAUGAAUGGACACUUGCCAAGCUCAGGGCUGUUUCUUUACGAGCCAUCCAGGACGAUCUGCAGAGCACCCUCACGGUUCAUCCUGAUGACUUAGAACUACGACUGAUGAGUAGCACUCUUCAUCUAUCAACUAAUGCUUUACUCAAGGAUCCCAACCAACUUGCCUCCCAAAUGGUUGGCCGGCUCCUUAACAUCAUCACCAACGACAAACCCAUGUCAAUUGGGGACCCUAAGAAGUACCCUACUAUUGCUUCCAUGCUCAACCAAGCGCAGCGGUCAUCCACCCCUGCUCUUAUUCCCUCUGUAUCUUGCCUAGCCCAGCCUGGGGGCGUGCUCUACGACCUCCUGGCAGGUCACACGGAGGUCAUCACUGCGGUGACGGUGUCAAGGUUGACCAUGGCAGUGGCCGCUACGGCUUCGCGGGAUGGGUCGGUGAAGCUGUGGGAUUUGAAGAACAGGAAGGUCUUGAAGACCAUAGAAGGAGUAGGAAAAGAGAUAUCAUCAAUCAGGCUCUGCAAGAAUGACACCAUUGCCGUCACGGUGGAGUCCAGUCGUAUCAAGUUCAACACCUUCAGCAACUGCACCUGCCUCCUGGAGGUCACCCAGUACAUCGACCCGCCCGUCAUCACAACCGCCAGUGAAAAUGAUGACCUGGUGGUGGCGCUGUUCACGGGGUCAAAUGUCAUGCGGACUUGGGAUGUCUCGGGCGAAAGCGUCAAGUCUUUGGUGGAGGUUGACAUCGGGGGACAUGGCAUACACAAGGAUGAGUCUUUGAGUGUUUCCUUUAGUCCUUUCGGUGAGAGGGUGCUCUAUGCAUACAGGAGCAGCAAUACAGCUUCUGUGGUGAAUGCGCGAACAGGGAACAAGGUCCACAAGCUGUCCCCUCCCAAGCCUUCAGCCUCAAUCACAGCCCUAGGGGUUUCCAAGGAUUACUAUGUGAUGGCGUGCCGGUAUAUGUUCCAGAAGGUUUCAGAGAUCCAUCAGCUAGAGCUGUUUGAUAUCAAGAAUGGGGCCUACCUUCGGGCAGUAACAGGUUGCACAACAGACAUUGUGAAUGAGUUGUACGUCAAUCGUCUCGGGUCUCAUGCUGUCUCUGUCUGUCCCAACCCACAUACAAACACAACAACACUGGCAGUGUGGAAUCUAGAAACCGAAGACCAUAAACAUCUAGCAAAGCAUGCACAGAUGUCCAAGCUUGGUGCAUGCAUGGAUCUGUUAUAUUGCCUGACCGCAUCACAAUCCAGCAAAUCCCUUCGCAUCUGGAAUAUCAGCAAGAAAGUCAACGAGCGGGACGAGAAUGCAAACAGGUCCAAGAAGAACCUUGGCGUGACCGGUCUCGUCCCCAUGAUCGACAACCCUCGUUACGUCGUCGCCAAGUCAGUCAAGAACGGCCCGCUGAGUGUGUGGAAUGUUGUCAAGGGGAAGUGUGCAGGAAAUGCAGUGAGAAUCGAGCGAGGGCUUGUCGAUUCUCAUGACAUCGUUCUCAUCAGGAACCACAAGGUUGUCAUCCUGUCAGAUCUUGGAAUGUCCAGUGUCAGUGAGAAGCCAUCACAGGUUUUUCAGACAGUAUUCAUGUAUGAUCUGGGCACCAAGAAGUACAUCAGAAAGCUGACUGGAGUAUUCAUAGUCCCCUCACCAGCACAUGAAUACAGAUUGCUUGAUGGGGAGCUCCUACUAGGGCUAUCUGAGACGAGGGAUCACUUCAUUGCUUGGAACCUUGAAUCGGGGCAUAUCAAGUUCCGAAUCAAGACUGGAUUCAAGACUGAUCGUCUACAGAGGAAGAAGGAGGUAGAGGAACUCAGGUCUAAACUCAAGAGACAAAACACAGCAGAAAUGAUGCCUUGGGAACGGAGGUCAGAGAGUCAGGAGGAGAGACAGAAGAGGAAAGAUAUGGAGCUCGAGAAGGAAAGGAAGAGACUGGACGAUCUGAGAAAGGAGAAAGAGAAUGCUAUUCAGCAGUACUUAAUGAGCAAGGAUGAAAAGGUCUUGGUAUGCUCCUAUUUUGGUCAUCAUCUCUGUGUCUUUAAUGUAGAAACCCAGCAACAUUUGCAGACUGUUGAGAACGAAAGCUCCAUGCUGUAUCUCUAUGUUGCUGCUCUCUCUCCCGAAGGGAAGUACCUCGCACACGUCAACUAUGACGAUAACGAUAAGGUCAGUUACGUUACGGUGUGGAAUCUCCACAAAGGUGAAGUCCGAAAGCGGUUGAAGCGAGAGCCGAACGUAUGCUGCAUUGGGAUGAACAACAACGCGACACGGGUGCUGUUCGGGAAUGAGCGGCAUCAGUUGAAGGUGUGGGACAUACAAAGAGGCAGGAGCACCUUGCGCAGGCUGCGGACAUCGACACAGUCUCUGCAGUUCACAACUAGCAGCAAGAUCUUCAUGCUUGAUGAUGGGGCACGUGCUGUCAUCGUUGCCAGUGACAUCACCCUGUGGGACCUUGACCACGCUACGCAGCUUGCCAUGUUUACCCCAGACUUGAGGAUAUCCUGCGUAGAGGUGGUGAUGUCUGGACAGAUGAUUCUUCUAGGUCUCCAGGACUCAUCAGAUGUUGUCACCCUGAGACUGAAGGGCCGGGACAUCAAGCCACCAGACUUUUUGACAGGUGAUGCACGAGGGAAGGAACUCUUUGGCGAGACCACUGGAGAUACUUCCCCAGAAGAUGAGGAAGAAGAGGAAGAGGAGGAAGAUUAUUAACUGUCACUUCCUCAAGAGCAGAGAAGCAUGGGUAGAAGGAUGAUCAAUAAAUCUUUGGUGAAUCAUUGCUACUCCUUAAAACUAAAGGGAGAAGUGGAAGAGGGGGAAAAUGAAUGAGAAUUAUUUUCAAAUACCAGAGCUGUUAUCUCAACAGUACUGUAAUAAAGAGUUUCUGGAAAAGCCGCAUUGAUACUUUCGCAGAGUGAAAGAAGGUUGGGCAAAUGGUUUGUGAUAUAUUUAAAAUAUAUUCUGCAGUGUUGCUGCAAUUAAGGAAUCAUGGUUCAGUAAUAUAGUAUCAUUAUUGAGGAGGAUUAUAAUCUUCAACACAUGUCAUACCAAACUGGACUUCUUAAAAUGAAUGUAGCUGUGAACCUUUGACUUCUAAUUUUGAAAUCAAUUUAAACUUAGAAAAGAUUGAACUUUGAAUUUUGAACUAUUCUGGUUUUCUUCAAAUAGGGUCAGUAGUAUUCAAGUUCUACUGUCAGAGGAAGGGCUUCUUUAGCUGUGAAGUUGGAUUCACAUGUCUUAUAAGCCUAUUAGACUUUACUCGACUCCUCUUUACUGGACAUUAAGAAAGACUCGAUAUUUAAUAUGACCUUUUCAUCAUAUAAGCAUCUUUUAGUUUAUUAUAGUUUUAAAGAUACCCAUACCAAUAUUUCUAUGAUAACUUUACAUGUAUGGUGAAGAAUCCAUAUUUUCCUUAAGAUUUUGGUAUUUUUCUUGCCAAAUAUCAGUUAUUGGCCAGUUAUGGAAGCUGAAUUGAAUAACUCAUGACAAUCACAGUUUCCAAAGUUUGGUUAUAUUUCUUGUAGCCGGACUUUGAUGUACCAUUUGGCUUUUUUUGCAUGUGUCUAAUCAGGCACAUAUUGCACAAAAUGUUGACUUUGCUAUUAGUCAAAGUCAUAUUAUGUUAUUUUAUAUUUCAUGUUCUCUUAAUUUAGAUUGUUUAUGCCAUUGUUUUAUUUCAUUCUAUUAUAUUUUCUUACAGAAAUUUACAUUUUUUAGACUCUAUAUCAUAUGAUUUUCAUGAAAAUAUAGUGCAUUAUAAAAUAUAAGUCAUUGAUUAAACAAUGAACAUAUUCAUAUGAUUUACAACAUAUCCAUGAAUAAUAUUCUGAUUUCAGAUUUACCUUAAUGCAUAGCAGUUAGUGCAGUUGUUUUUUGUGCCAUAGUUUUCAUAUUCAUUGUUUUGUGCUCCUAUUUAUUAACAUAUAUUCCAAAAGUAGACCCUUGACAAAUGUAUUUGCCAACAAAAUUCCAUACUCCUCACAUUUAGAUUUAUUUUCUUUUUAAUGUUUAUGAAUUCUGCUGUGAAAAUUUAAAUCCAUAUUGUUCCUAUUUACAGAUAUAUAAUACAAACAGAAAUGUUCCUACCAAAAACUGCUAUGUAUUGCACACACAGUCAAAGGAAUUUUCCUAAAUGUUAUUGUUUGCCUCAUUUGCUUUUUUGCUCUGUGGAGGAUACAGUGAAUAAGGGGACUUGUCCCUCAUUGAAUGAAAUUAAUUAAAUUCUGGAUCCGCCAUUUUGCUAAUCUUUUCUCAAAAUGAAUUUAAAAUUGUGUGUCUUUGUGAUAAGUUGGCCUAUACAAUGCACACCUCUCAAUUCUUUACUCUUCAUGUUGAUAAGCUUUAUAUUUUGCUCUCGAAUAAGAGCAUACUAAUCAAUACUAAUGUUCACCACUAUCCUGUGGGGUAUUUCUCAUGGCUCUGGCCACAAAGGAUUAUACAUGUAUAUUGUUACUAGGGGUGCUGUGACAAUGCUCAGCACCCCCCCAGUAACAAUAGAAUAAUCCUCCAUGGACAAGGCCUUGGUAUUUCUUGUUGCCAUAUUGUAGAUGAAUGUUAUUUAUAUACUCAAUUAUUCCUUUUAUUCGUCAUUCAAUUGCCAUAACUGAAAUAAACGUAUUUGUAUAAAUGAA